CAAAUGGCGGUUCUCGCGUGCGUAUUCCCACCACCUCGGUGCUGGCUUGGCCGCUCUCAGCCUUCUAUCCGCUAUAAACUUUCUUGAACACGAGCCUUUAGAUUUGACCUACACCAAUGUUUUUUUAACACCUCGUUUUGAAAAAAUAUUGAUUUAUGAAUAUAGAAUUUUUGGAACUUUAGAAAAUUUUUAUUUGACCACCGACACGUCGAAGUAAAUUUUUGUUCUGUUCGAUGACGUUUACGUAACAUCAGCUUUGAUGAAGGAACAUACACAAAAAUAUGCUAGAACGCGAGCCUGCGCGUUGUAUAAAGCAGUUGCGCGGAUUGUGAUUGCGGUCGUUUCGUCGUUACACGAGAGUUGCAUCAGUGAGCGCAAUCGGUUGGGACUCAAUAAAAUAUACAUGUUCGAUUAUUUUUGGGCGGUUCACGCUGGCGAAUGUGACCGCGGUGUGUGAGUUUAUUGCCGGAAAAUGGCCGAAUCCGAACAAAGAAAUAAGGAUAAUAACACGGCAGCGUCAAAGGAAACCAUGGUCAAGCAGGAGAAACGCGAAAACGCGCUCACGAAUGGCGGGAAGGGCUCGGGCGAUGACGCGGACAGCCUCGAGGAAUUACCGCUCGACAUAGGCGAGCACUAUCUCGUGCGCAGAUCUGACAAUUCUUGGCAUCCUGCCGAGAUUAUCCAGACCCGUUUCAACGAGAAUGAAAAUCACUAUGAGUACUACGUUCAUUAUGAAGGCCAUAACAGAAGAUUGGAUGAAUGGGUGCCUCGUGACAGAAUCAUGUCUAGUCGAUUUGAUAUGAGUGAAAUAGAACGUCAUGACAGAAGUUCGGGAACUGAUUUAUUGGCGGAUUCCUCUGAUCGUAAAAUUACUAGAAAUCAAAAGAGACGUCACGAUGAAAUUAAUCAUGUACAAAAGACAUAUGCAGAAAUGGAUCCUACCACAGCGGCAUUAGAAAAGGAACAUGAAGCUAUAACAAAGGUGAAAUACAUUGACAAGAUUCAAAUUGGCAAGUACGAGAUUGACACUUGGUAUUUUAGUCCAUAUCCCGAAGAAUACGGCAAACAACCGAAACUGUGGAUCUGUGAGUAUUGCUUGAAGUACAUGCGUCUUGAGAAAACAUACAGAUACCACAUGAGUGAAUGCACUCACAGGCAACCAGUUGGCAAGGAAAUCUAUCGGAAAGGAACACUGAGUAUCUGGGAAGUGGAUGGCAGAGAGCACAAAAUAUACUGUCAGAAUUUGUGCUUGCUAGCCAAGUUGUUUCUGGAUCACAAAACACUUUACUUCGAUGUAGAGCCGUUUCUCUUUUACAUCUUGUGCGAGGUGGAUAAGCACGGUGCACAUUUAGUUGGUUAUUUUUCGAAGGAGAAAGAAUCGCCUGAUGGCAACAAUGUUGCGUGUAUCUUAACUUUGCCGCCUUUUCAAAGACAAGGCUACGGCAAAUUACUGAUAGCUUUCAGUUACGAAUUGAGCAGAAUUGAACAAACAGUUGGAAGUCCGGAAAAACCUUUGAGCGAUUUAGGAAAGCUGUCCUAUCGUAGUUACUGGAGUUGGAUUCUGCUUGAAAUCCUUCGAGAUUUCAGAGGAACACUUAGUAUUAAAGAUCUCAGUCAAAUGACCAGCAUCUCUCAAACCGACAUCAUAUCCACGUUACAAAGUAUGAACAUGGUUAAGUAUUGGAAGGGACAGCAUGUUAUUUGCGUCACGCCAAAGUUGGUGGAAGAGCACAUAAAAAGCAGCCAAUAUAAAAGGCCGCGUCUUACGGUCGACAGCAGCGCGUUAAGAUGGGGAGCGCCGCCACGAAAGAAUGUGAAACCCGGCAAGAAGUAGCAUUUAAAAUAGGCAAUAACAAUUUUUUUUAUAUACUGAUACAGCCAUUCGAUGUUUUAAUGCUCAAUGAAUAAUCGAUUGCAUUGAUUUAUGAUAUUCCAAUUUCAUUAGCCACUUACAAGAACACUUUCGCAAACACACAAACUAGUAUCCAACAUUUUUCCAUUUCGCAAACGUAAAAUCUAAGGCCUGUUCUACAAUACUGUCGUAAGCUGUAAGGCGUCGUCUACAAUACAGUCGUAAGCCGUAAGCCGUAAGAA